AUGAUCAUAGACAUUAAUUCCUACUACAAUUCGUGUCAUACAUGCAAGAUCAGCAAACCUAACAAUCAGAAACUGUUUGGUUUACUACAUCCACUCUCAGUACCUAAUAGGCUUUGGGAAGGCAUAGGAAUAGACUUUGUUGGACCUUUUCCUGAAUCAAAGAACUUAUUUGAAAACGUCUAUAAACUGUAUGGACUGCCUAAUUACAUUGUUAGCAACUGUGAUUCCCUAUUCACCAGUAUGUUUUGGAGAAGAUUACAUGAACUUAUAAGUAUUAAAUUGAAGCUAUUGAGCACAUAUCAUCCACAGACCAAUGGAUUGACUGAGAGAAUGAACAGAACAAUUACUCAGAUGCUCAGACAGUGUAUUUCUCCUAAACAAAAGGAUUGGAUACAUAAACUACUUAUGAUCAAGUAUGCUAUUAAUACAGUAAGGUCAGAAACUAUAGGAUAUGUACCAUUCUUUCUAAAUUAUGGUCAGAUGCCAAGGAACUUGAUAUGA